AUGGUAAAGAAUGAAACGUGUGUAUGCGAAGGAGAUGCCAACAGAGGAAGCAAGGUGAGUGAGUCGGUACUUGAAAAUGAUUGCAUACAGGAAAAGACCAAUUUAAAUCCAACUUGUGGUUUCUCCCGACUCAAUCAUCAAGAAGCCAACAUGAAUACCAUUCACACCUUCCUCACAGCCAUUGUUCUUGUGGCUCAAUCAUUCCAAAGCUACAUGAUCCAGAGGCUGCACAAAAUCUACAAGCAUUUUGGAUAUGCUGUUGCAGGGAAGGAUCAUGAAGAUCAUGAAAGUGAUUUUUGUUCUGUGUGUCUGAGCCAAAUUUGUAAGGGGGAAAAAGUUAGGUCUCUUCCAGUAUGCAACCACAGGUACCAUGUUGAUUGUAUUGGAGCUUGGCUGAAGAACCAUGCCACAUGCCCUCUUUGUAGGAACAAAAUCACUGAUCAUAUCCCCCCAAAACAUAAACAGGUGAAGACCUUAGGAGAGUCUGUGUUUAAUCUCAUACAGAGUUUCUCAGAUCUAUUGGUUGCUAUCCUCUACAUGGUACUUCCAUCUAGCAUCACUGAGAGUUUCCCUUUGGUUCAUUAA